AGCGCUGUUUUCUCAGCAGUGAAGUCGACCAGUGUUCAGUUUGGUCAUGUCUGGACUGCUGGGCGUUCGACUGCUGCUGUUGUGGGGCUGCGCCUGCCUCUGGCUGCCCGGCCGGGCCCAGGGGGCUCUGGUCCUCUCCCGGGACCAUGAGGCUACGCAGGAGACAAGAGGAGCUGCCAGAUCCCUGCAGAAAAGAAGUACAAAUGACGCCUCGGUGGAGGUGCACAGUGUGAUGGUGGACUGCACCGUGACGUCUCGCUUCGCGCACACCGUCAUGACCUCGAAGGCUCUGAACAAAGCGAACGCCUCUCAGGAAAUCUUCUUUGAGGUGGAGCUGCCGAAGACCGCCUUCAUCACCAACUUCAGCAUGGAAAUUGAAGGUCAGGUGUACGUUGGGGAGGUGAAGGAGAAGGAGAAAGCCAAGAAACAGUACGAGAAGGCUGUUUCCUCUGGACAGACUGCUGGACUGGUCAAGGCCUCCGGGAGAAAGAUGGAGAAGUUCUCAGUGUCUGUCAACAUCGCGGCCAAUAGUAGCGUGACUUUCAUUCUGACCCACGAGGAGCUCCUUCAGAGGAAAAUGGGCAACUAUGAGAUUUUAACUCGAAUUAAACCCAAAACAGUGGUCCAGGAGUUUCAGAUUGUGACAAAUAUCUUUGAGCCACAGGGCAUUGCUUUUGUUGAUGCCCAUGCAACCUUCCUUUCCAAUGAACUGCUCCCCCUGGUGGAGAAAACUGUCACAGACAAAAAGGCACACAUCUCCUUCUCACCAACGAUGGAGCAGCAGAGGAAGUGUCCAGGUUGUGAUGGCACAAUCAUCGAUGGAGAUUUUGUCAUCAAAUAUGAUGUACACCGAGCAACGACCUUCGGGGACAUUCAGGUUGUGAAUGGAUACUUUGUGCACUUCUUUGCUCCCCCUGACCUGCACAGGGUCCCAAAGAAUGUGGUGUUUGUGAUUGACAGGAGCGGAUCAAUGAGUGGAACAAAGAUGAGCCAGACACGACAGGCAAUGCUGAAAAUCCUCAAAGACCUCCACGAGGAGGACUACUUUGCCCUGAUCCAGUUUGACCACAACAUCAAUUCCUGGAAGGACUCACUAACCAAAGCAACCAAGGAAAAUGUGGCCGAAGCCAUGAUCUACGUGGAAAGGAUAAGAGACAGUGGAGGUACCGAUAUCAAUGGCGCAGUGUUAAGAGGUGUGAACAUGCUGGUCAAAGACAGGCAGGAGAAGAGGCUCCUCGAGAGGAGCACUGAUAUGAUCAUUUUACUGACCGAUGGAAAUCCAAAUUCUGGAGAGUCCGACCCUCAGAGGAUCCAGGAGAAUGUGCGCUCUGCUAUCGGAGGAAACAUGUCUCUUUACUGUCUCGGAUUUGGAAAUGAUGUGGAUUACUCCCUCCUGGAUGUGAUGAGCACACAAAACAAAGGGCUAGCCCGAAGAAUUUUUGAAGCUUCAGAUGCAACACUUCAACUCCAGGGUUUCUAUGAUGAAGUGUCCAGCCCUCUGCUCUUGGAGGUGGACCUGCGUUAUCCUGAAAAUGCAGUGGACUUCUUGACCACCAACCACUUCAGCCAGCUGUUUAACGGCUCAGAGAUCGUGGUGGCUGGUCGGCUCACAGACAAUGACCUGGACAACUUCAUGGUGGACGUGUUCGGCCAGGGGUUUGAGGAGGACUUCAAAGUGCAGGGCCAGGCCAGUGCUGUGGACUGGAAUGUCAUGUACCCGGACGAGGAGUACAUCUUUGGGGACUUCACAGAGCGUCUGUGGGCCUAUAUGAGCAUCCAGCAGUUAUUGGAGAAGAGCAAGAGCGGUGCCCCUGAUGAGAAGGUCAAUGCUACGGCUAAGGCGCUGGAGAUGUCCCUGCAAUACGGCUUCGUCACCCCUCUCACCUCCAUGGUGGUCACCAAGCCGGAAACGGAGGACGGAACUCAGAGCCCUCUCAUUGCGGACAAGUUGACUGAGGAACAAAGACAACAGGCAGAGAGAAUGGGACAUCGAUAUGUAAGCCCUGCAGUGCACCAUUAUCACCGGGCACAGGCACCACCUACAUAUUUUGUGGAUGGAGACCCUCAUUUCAUGAUAGAGCUGCCAGACAAAGACGACGCUCUGUGCUUCAACAUCAACGACAAACCAGGAACUAUUUUCACUCUGGUCAGAGACCCAGAAUCAGGUAUUUUGGUCAACGGCCAGAUUAUUGGGGACAAGAAAACUCCCCCUGAUGGUAAAAUCAACACCUACUUCUGGCGGUUUGGCAUCGUCCAUCAGACACUGGGGGUGAGGCUGGAGGUGAGCACUCAAGAGAUCUCAGUGUUCCAGGACAGCAAGUGGGUCAAACUGCUGUGGUCGGACACAUCCUCGCUCAAAGGACCCAAUGUGGAUCUUCUUGUGACCAAGGACCGCAGCCUAUUGGUAACUCUAAAAGAUUCAGUGAAGUUUGUGAUCGUGCUGCACAAAGUGUGGGAGAAGCAUCCGUACCAUCGGGACUACUUGGGUUUUUACACCCUGGACAGCCAUCUCCUCUCCCCCUCUGUUCACGGCCUGCUAGGUCAGUUUUACCCUGGGAUUGAAUUUGAGGUGAGUGACCUGCGUCCAGGAGAAGUCCCAGAGAAACCCGACGCCACCAUGUACGUGAAGGGACAGGAGCUCAAUGUGACCAGAGGCUGGCAGAGAGACUUCAGGAGGGAUGUGAAGAACGGAGAAAACGUUCCCUGCUGGUUCAUUCACAGCAAUGGAACAGGCCUCAUCGAUGGAGAUGCAUCAGACUAUAUUGUGUCAGGACUUUUCAAAACUGUUUAAAAACAGAUUCCACAUCACUGUCUGCUACAGAAAUCAUCUCAAUCAUAAAAUAAUUAUUAAAAUCUACCUGCAAAUGCACCAUGAAUAAUCUGGCAUCAUAUACCCAAAGACAAACGUGUGUUAUCGGUUUAAUUUCCUGGGUCUAUAAGAACAGGAAGUAGCAUUUUCCCAAAAUAGUGACAACCCAUGGGAGACAGGCUCAGCAGUCACAUGGGACAUGGGUCAGUCUAGAUCUACUCAUUUAAUUUCAGUUUGUCAUAGUUUUCAAUACUGUUUAGUUUGUCAGAAAAGACUGUUAAUUGUCUAUCAUAUCUUUUCAUUGGUUAAUCAUCUGGUUGAAAGACAUGGGAUCCAAACUGGUUCUGAUGAAACUGUCUGUUACAGUUCAUGUCAAAUCUACUGCAGGAUUCAUAAACAACACUGGACCUAAUUAAUUUGAUCUCAGCGGUGACACAUUGGUGAAAUAAACAGGCUGUAAAAAUAAACAGGCUUUUAAAAUUC